GACGUAAGCGGGCGGCUCGAGCGAGGGGGACGAGCCUCCAUCCAGCCUCCAGCCUGCACGAGCUCCCUGCCUAAACUCACUGUCUGUCUCUCUCUGUCACACACACAUGCACGAGCGCGCACGCUCUGUCCAAACUGUUGCACCACCACUACUACUAGCACCAGCAAAACCACUCUGUCUGACUACUGACCUUAUCUUGUUUACAAAGAUAACCGAACAGACUGCUGAGUGGAAAAAGAGACACUCAUGAGUUGGCCUGGUGGGUUUUGGGAGACAUUAUGGAUCUGACUAAAAUGGGUAUGAUACAGCUCCAGAACCCCAACCACCCCACCGCUCUGCUGCACAAGGCCAACCAGAUGCGGCUGGCUGGCACGCUGUGCGAUGUGGUCAUCAUGGUGGACAGCCAGGAGUUCCACGCUCACCGGACAGUGCUGGCCUGCACCAGCAAGAUGUUCGAGAUCCUCUUCCACCGCAGCAGCCAGCAUUACACGCUCGACUUUCUCUCACCAAAGACCUUCCAGCAGAUCCUUGAGUACGCCUACACUGCCACGCUCCAGGCCAAAGUGGAGGACCUGGACGACCUGCUGUACGCGGCCGAGAUCCUUGAGAUCGAGUACCUGGAGGAGCAGUGCCUGAAGAUCCUGGAGACCAUCCAGUCUUCGGACGAGAACGACGCGGAGGUCGGCAUGAACGAGGGCAACGGCGGCACGGAGGAGGACGACGAGCGCAAAGGGAGGCACGGCAGGAGCGUCAAGAAACAUUCCAUGGAGGACAGCGGCUACGUGUCCGCCGCCCAGCAGGCGCUGGUUCUGUCUGGCAUGGUGGACCAGAGCCCUUCUGUCUCCACCUCUUUUGGCCUCUCCACCAUGAGCCCGACCAAAGCUGCCGUGGACAGCCUGAUGAGCAUCGGCCAGUCCCUCCUGCAGAGCGGCAUGCAGCACGCCUUACAGCAUGGCAUAAGUGCUGAUCAGCUACAGGGCAACUCCCACCACGCCAUGACUGAAAUCAAGACGGAGAUGAUGCAGGUGGACGAGGGCGGAGAGCACGAGAGCCCCAGAACUGCCGAGACGGGCGGCUGCAGCAACGGAGAUGCGGACAGGAACCGGGACGGGCCCGGGACGCCCACCAGGAGCAGCGUCAUCACCAGCGCCCGUGAGCUCCACUACGUCCGUGAGGAGGGGGGCGCGGACCCUCAGGCUGACGUGGGCCCGUUGGGACUGGAGGGGAUGGCCGGGAUGACCGAGAAGCACCUGGCCUCUCUGUACGGCCUGCCGCCCAACCACAAGAACGAGGCCAUGCUCUCCAUGCCCUCCAUGGCCUCGUCGCUGCACAUGACGCCGGCCCUGCCCAUGUCCAUGGACUUCAGCGCUUACGGUGGGCUGCUGCCGCAGAGCUUCAUCCAGAGGGAGUUCUUCAGCAAGCUGGGCGAGCUGGCGGCCAGCAUGAAGCCCGACGGGCGCGGUGGCGUCGGCCAGUGCGAGCGCUGCAACGUGUGCGGAGCAGAGCUGCCGGACAACGAGGCUGUGGAGCAGCACAGGAAGCUGCACAGCGGAAUGAAGACCUACGGCUGCGAGCUGUGCGGCAAGCGCUUCCUAGACAGCCUACGCCUGAGGAUGCACUUGCUGUCUCACUCAGCUGGAGAGAAGGCCAUCGUGUGCGACCAGUGUGGAGCUCAGUUCCAGAAGGAAGAUGCUCUUGAAGCACACAGACAGAUCCACACAGGAUCAGACAUGGCCAUCUUCUGUCUGUUAUGUGGGAAGCGCUUUCAGACGCAGACGGCCCUGCAGCAGCACAUGGAGGUCCAUGCAGGCGUGCGCAGCUACAUCUGCAGCGAGUGCAACCGCACCUUCCCCAGCCACACGGCACUCAAGCGCCACCUCCGCUCCCACACAGGUGACCACCCAUUUGAGUGUGAAUUCUGUGGAAGCUGCUUCCGGGACGAGAGCACACUGAAGGGUCACAAGCGCAUCCACACCGGAGAGAAGCCCUACGAAUGUAACGGCUGCGGCAAGAAGUUCAGCCUCAAACACCAGCUGGAGACCCACUACCGAGUGCACACAGGUGAGAAGCCGUUUGAGUGCAAGCUGUGCCACCAGCGCUCCAGGGACUACUCGGCCAUGAUCAAGCACCUGCGCACCCACAACGGCGCCUCACCCUACCAGUGCACCAUCUGCCUGGAGUACUGCCCCAGCCUGUCGGCCAUGCAGAAGCACAUGAAGGGCCACAAGCCCGAGGACAUCCCGCCGGACUGGAGGAUAGAGAAGACGUACCUGUACCUGUGCUACGUCUGAGAGCGGGCAGGGCGACAUGGCGGCGAGAGAAGCGUGGAUGCUAGACAGAAUGCAGGAGGAAGUGGUAGAAGAAGUUGCAGGGGGGAGGAAGAAGAGGAAAAGAAGAAGCAGGAGGAGGAGGCACAGUUUUGGGGCAGAGAGGCUGGGCAAGGCAAAUCGAGAAGGGAUGGGAAGUAGAGAGAGAGAGAGGAUUUAAGGACACAAACAGAAGGCAAAACAAAAAACACAAACAAAAUCUUACCCCUUCAGGAUGGCGUCGUUGUGAAUCACGUGUGGUGGUGUCGCGUUCUGUUGUGUUGUCGUGAAACAGCGUUUCGUUGCUCGCUGUGUCUCAAACAGGAGGUCGUCUCUACUCCCUGAGGUCACGUGAUCCCCCUUUACACAGCUGAAGUGGGACACUAAAGCCUACUACUACACCUACUGCCAAGCACUUACAUCUGAAUUCCAGUACAGUAGGUCUAGCUCGUCACGUGUGUUGGUCUGUUGGUACUGCUUUGCUUUGGAAGAAGCAAGACGAGAAGCUUUGCUUUUCGCAAAGAGCUUUUUUUUGUAUUAUUAUAAUAAUUAACCAACGUACCAAUAGAGUAGAGCCUUCCUGCGUGAUUCACCUCCAUUAAGUGUUUAUUGGUUUAACCAGCAUACAAAUCAGCAAAGCUCUCAAUUCAUAAACAAUGCUACAUUCAUAAAUGUCAUUUUUAACGUCACUUUCGCUGCAUAAUCUCUGCAUAGCCUUCCAUAUCCAAUCCAUAGCCCUCCUUAAGCUUCAUCGCACUGCAUCGCACGCACCGCAGACUCUCGUACUACGCACCACGACGACAGUUUCUGUUUGAUAUUUCGUAUCUGACAUUAUUGAGUAGCCACAUCUCAUGUUUCAUUGCUCUGUUUUCUGUUUUAUUUUUUUCCCCUCAGUUCUCUCUCUUUCAGCGCACACUGUACUUUUUUUUUUCUUUUUCUUUUUAAAUAUUAACUGGAUGUUCUUCGGUUUUCUUUUUAUAUUGCUCUCAGUGUUCUCAUUUCUUUCCUUUUUUAUUGACCGGUUCCAAACUACACUUAACCCACAGUAAUCAGCAGUUAAGAUCAGCCACAAGACUUGUCUGUUGGCAGUGCAUUAAGAACAUCCACCCACUAGAAAUCUAAUCUAAUCAACGACGGUUUAUGCUGUUCUGAUAUAGAGACCAAAAUACAGACUAAAAAGCUGCUUUCGCCAGUGGCUUGGACACUAAAGGGCACUGUGACGUUCAGGACUGGUCCCUACAUAUCUGAAUGAAUAAUUGGUGAAAAAGAAAAAUAAUAAUAAUAAGAAGAAUUAUUAUUUCACACUUUGAGGGUAUGUGAGGUUAGGCCUGGCCUGUCCACGAAAGAAUAGAUCAACCCUUCUAUUGUUUUUGUCGCUCCUUCGCUACGUCUGCGUUUCCUUUUACCUUGAUUUAUCUCAGCACAUUGUACUUGAAUUACCUCGUAUUUUUGUGACCUCAUGGGCUUGUGUUUUAAUUUUUUUCCUUUCCUUUUUUUCUCGUUUUCUGUAUAUUUGAUUGUGAGCGCACGUGUCUGCUAUGUCGUGCAGAGGAGAUGUGAAAAACGUGUAAAAAAAAAAAUGUGUACUCAGAAAUUAAGUGCCACGGUGGAGAGAUUAUUAUUGCAUUAUUAUUUUUUUGUUGUCGUUGUUGUUACCAAACUUGGUAUUUUGUUUAUUCAUGUUUUUUUUUUUUUUUAUUAACCCUGCUUGUUGAAGAGCUUGUGGGUUUGGUCAUUUUUUUGUAAGCUACCUCUUAUGUUCUGUUCCUUGUUUGUAUGUUUUACUUUCAUUGGCAAAAAGCACAUUUUUGUGUGUGUGUAAGAGUGUGUGCGCCCGUGUGCAUUUUUUUGUUUAAAAAGUUUUGCAUUUUUGCAACUUUUCAUCUCAUGCUUCGUCUGGUGAGAUCUGUAAGUGACGUGUACAAAAGGGUAAGAUAUGUGAACGAUGUGAGAAAAAAAAAAAAAAACACGUGUUUUAUUUUCUCUUUCUUUUACCCCCCCGCAGACCUUUUCCUUAAGAGCAGAGAAGAGAAUUUGAAGCCUUAAGUUUCGGGUAAGAGUUGAUCUGGGGAGGUGUGUACGGGGUUGACUGAGUGUAGUACUUUAAAGUAAAAAAAAAAAGCAUUAAACUUGAAAAUAUGUGAAUAGAAUUGUAGUUUUGUAAUGUGAAAAAAGAUGGUUCGCUAGGCGUGAACCACUGAGAACAGGUCAUAUGCAGCUGUGCAUUGUGCGUUGGACAAUUGGGACUGCAAGUGGUAAUCGGAGAUGAAAGGAAAGAAGGAGAGGAGGAGAAGAAAAAAAAAGAGAAAAAUCCUAUCGGUCAACGUUUCUUUAUAUGCGUGUAGUCCUGAGCAAGAGCCAACAGAGGCCAUUUGAUAUAUAAAAUUGUGAUAUUUUUGUAUUGAGUGUCAGUCCCUUUUCCAUUCGUCGAGGCUUCAGCAGGGCAAAUAUAUUUGUAGUUUUGUUCGUUCGUUUUUUUACAUGUUUUUAUUUUUCUGGUUUGAAUUGUUUGCCUUGCUCCUCUUUGGUAAUGUUGGACAUAAAGUGUGUGAACAUGUUGUGGUAAGUGUUGAUUUCUGGAUGUCAAUACAUUGUAGGUGAAGGACUAAAUCAGCCACAAACUCCUUUUUUUUUUGUUUCGUGAAUAUGACAAAAAAGAAAAAAGAGAAAGAGAUUUAAUGUGAUGCCAAUGAUCAAAUAUACAUUGCACACACGAUUUUCAAACAAUCAUGUUGCCAACAUUUUUGUUUCUUUACUUGAAGUGACUAAAAUAAGGGAUGGGCGGACACCAGGGCGGGGGGUGGGGAGUAACUGUAUUGUGUCUUGUUGUUGUUCUAUCCUGGAAAACACUGUGAGUUUGGGGGGCUUCGGGGUUUUUUUUUUGGGCCCCCCUGUGAGAUUUAAAACACACAAGCAUACGUAGCUCAGUGUAAGAGAUGGAGUGAGUCUUGCUUUUCUAUGCGUGGCGAACGGCGGACGAUCCUGAGGAGAUACCGGAGUGGAGGGGAGUUUGUAACGUGGGGGCGGAAGGGGGAAAAAAAUGAGAUAUUAAGCCACAUACCUGUGUCACUGUUCUAUAUAUACUUUUUUUUAAACUUUGAUUUACUUUACUUUACUUUACUUUAUGUGAGUGUGUGUGUGAGAAAGUGUGCAUAUAAGUGUGAAUGUGAAAGUGAAUGUUUGUGUGUUUGAGAGAGAGAGAGAGAAAGCGUGCAAGAGAGAGAGUAUAUUAGUGUGGAAAUGCACUAAUCAAACAGUGAUGUUCUAUGCCACUUUUCUCUCGAUAUGAUUAAAAGAUCUUGGCGUUGAUAUAGUUCUUCCCUCAAUGUUCUUCUUCUGAUGUUUCUGUAAUAUUUGUGCCUAAAUGAAAUUGUUCAAACAAAUUGUCCAUCUAUAUCUGCUUAGUUUCUGUACUUUCAAAAAAAGAAAAUUAUAUUUGGUGUCUCUAGGGCUCCAGGGAUGCCAUAAUGAUCAUAAUGAUUCUGAGGAACCUCCCAUACAAGAGGAGGCCCCAUAAAAAAAAAAAAAAGUUAUUUUUUUUAUUUUUUAUCAUCUACAAAAUUUCAGCUGCAUUUCAAAGCUUUUGUACACAAUCUGAAAGCCAACUGAAGCUGGAUGAGACAAAAACAUUCCUUGGUAUAGAAUAUUGUGCAUUUAUCUUCACUAAAUGUUGAAGGAUUUUUUUUUUAUUUUAUAAAUUUUCUUGUUUCUUCAGUCGUUUAAAUGUCGGCAACAGGUUUGCCGAGUAGAGCUGAAUAUAAGAAGUGUUUUUGUUAGUUUUUUUAUUAUGUAAGACUGAGAUUACUGCCCCAGCUUGACAUAUAUGCCUGUUGUUUGGUUAGAGUACUUAUACUGUAAAUGAGAAAUCAUCCUGGCAUCCCUGGAGUUGGCUCACUGUGUUCAAGUGUGGUGUUCUUGAAAGAGUAGCCAUUUCAUGCCGUGUUGCCAUGCAUGUGCCAUCGAGGUCUAGACUAAACUGUUUGAGUAAAAAGCACCAAGACAUUGUCGUGUUUUUUGUUUUUCCUUUCCUUUUCUUUUCUGUUUUUAUUUUUUUAUUAUUAGCACUGAGGACCAAUUGCCCUGUCGGACCAAGCAUAACAAAGCUUAUUUUUAUUAUUGUAACAAUGCUUUUCUCUCUCUUUCUUUUUUUCUCCUGCACUCUCUUGCUCUCUCUCUUUAUCUUCCUUUCUUUCUCUCUUUCUGUCGCUCUUACUCCCUACCUGACGCCCCCCCCAACCCCCCCCUUUUUACUUGUACACCCACUUUUAUUAUUAUUUUUUUUUUGCUUAUCUUUUUUAUCCUUGUUGUUGUGACAGCACAAGUGCCAGUCCAGUUGCUCUGUACUAAAAAAAAAUUAUAGUGUUUUUAUAAUUAUUUGAAUUGUUAUAGUUACGUCUACCUCAGCACCUAAUCUUAGCCUAAUCUUAGAAGGUGCCCAUUUAUUAUUUUUUUUCUGUUGGUUGUCAAUUGUAAAAAAGAAAAAGUUAAAAAAAAAAAAAAAAAGAAGAUUAAUUUGCAUUAAGCUUUGCAAAGGUCCUUUGUCUUUUCCAGCAACAUGCUAUUUUUGUAGCACUACUUUCUGGCAACUGUGCUACAGAUAUCGGCAUCAGUUUCUGAUGUAGUUUUUCUUUCUGUGUAGAAUCAGACACAUCUCUUUGUAACAUUUCAGUGUUCUCUGAUGGAGUGUGGAAAAAAAAAUAAAGAAAUUAAAGAGA